ACCACACCAACAAAACCAAAAGAGACACAUCUCUCACUUGUUUUCUUUUCUCUUCGAGUCUUCUCGCUCUUAGCAUUGUGUUUAGGAUUACCGUCUAGGGUUUUCCAAGUUUAUUCUGCAAUGGAGACAGUGACAAAACUAACAGCGGAGAAGCCAGUGGUGAUUUUCAGCAAGAGUACGUGCUGCAUGUGCCACACCAUCAAGACCCUCUUCUGUGACUUUGGCGUGAACCCCACGGUCCACGAGCUAGAUGAGAUGCCGAGAGGGCGUGAGAUCGAGCAAGCCCUCUCGAGACUUGGCUGCAGCCCCACUGUGCCAGCAGUAUUCAUCGGCGGUGAGCUUGUAGGUGGAUCCAAUGAGGUCAUGAGCCAUCACCUGAAUCGUUCUCUAAUCCCAAUGCUGAGAAGGGCUGGAGCAAUAUGGGUUUGACUAGAGAAAUGUUUUGUGCACUAAUAAAUAUGUGACUUUAGUCACAAUAGAGAGGCUAAUAUUUCAUAUAAAGUAAUUAAUGACCCUAGAGUCUACUUAAUUAACAUCUCUAUGUUAUCUUUUUGGUAAUGUAGAAUGUACUAAAUGAAGUUUUGCUUUGUAAUUUCCCCUAAUAAAUAAAAUAAAAUUAC